AUGCUCGGCCGCAGGAGCUCUCGCAAGGCUCCUGCCGUGAGCGCGCGAGACGCUCCGGCGCUCGCAGCGCAGGCUGCUGCCGCCGAGUUGGCGCGGUUGGCGGCACGGCGAGCUGCUCUGCAAUCGCAGCCCGUGGCCAGGAAGAAUCCGAGAGUCAUCCUCCGCCCUAACGAGCCAUGGCUUCUGGAGCUGGACGACGACACGUUUGGUGCACUGUGCGCCGCGGUGCUGUGUCCUCUCGACCCAAGAGGCGCCGGCAGGCUUGCCUCGUGCUGCCGCGCCCUACGAGAGCGGCUGCGAGCGCCACUCGCGGCGCUGCAGGCCGAGAACCGCGGCGUGCGGAGCCUUUGCGCCAAGGCGGGCUCCACCUGCGCGGCGUUGCUCGUGGCUACGCGGCUGGUGUGGGGGCAGAGGAGCCUCAGCGAUGCAGACGCGGCGGCGCUCGCCUCGCUUGCGCGCAGAAAGCAGCUUGAGCGGCUCACGUACCUCGGCCUCCCUCAGAAUCGGAUCUCGGACGGCGGCGUGUGCGCGCUGGCGGCGGCGCUCCGCGGCGGCAGCAUGCGUCGCCUCAAAGUGCUCGACCUCUCUGGCAACCGCGUCGGGGCGGAGGGCCGGCGGGCGCUCGGAAACGCGCUGGAGGCGCCGGGGGCGCUGCCCUCGCUCAUCAGCCUGAGCCUCAACAACGCCGCGGGCGAGCGGCGCCUGACGCUCGAAGAGGCGAAGGUUCUCGCGCAGCAGAGUGCGCACGCGCAGAGGCACAAGCGGCUGCUGAGCGCCAAGGGGCUGGUCCCACAGUGA